GCUGAAUUUUUGAUGAUGGAAACAUAAUUUUAUCGAUUUAUGUAUAUACUUUUGUAUUUAGUCGAAAGGUGGUGUUAAAAAUCAAUGCAUAAAUGUAUUUUUCAUGAGCAUCUGUAACUGGUAGAUCAAGAAUUUGUUAGAUUAAGUAACAAUUUAACAUUAAUUGUGUAAAAAUGAGUUCUGAAAAAUCUUGACAGCCACACCUGGCUAGGAAAAUUAUAUCGUUACAUGGUUCUUUCAACCAAUUUACUGAUUAGAGAGUGAAGUUUUAACAUAGAACUAUGAUAGAGCCUGUAGCACCAUCUGAUGAGACCAUCAAGGUCGUUUGCAGAGUGCGGCCAUUGAACAGCUCAGAAGAAAAGGCUGGAAGUAAAUUUGUCCUCAAAUUUCCAUCGGACGAGACCAUAUCAUGUGGUGGUUUAGGAUCAGAAAGCCGUGGCCCUGCCAAGGUGUUUGCCUUUGAUCGAGUGCUGAAGCCGAACGUCUCCCAGGAGUAUGUGUACACAGUGGCUGCCAAGCCAAUUGUGGCAGAUGUACUGAGUGGGUACAAUGGUACGAUAUUCGCGUACGGACAGACAUCCUCCGGCAAGACCCAUACUAUGGAAGGUGUUAUGGGUAAUGACGACCUGCAGGGAAUCAUCCCGAGAAUCGUCCAGGAUAUAUUCAACUUUAUCUACGGCAUGGAUGAGAACCUAGAGUUUCAUAUUAAAGUAUCCUACUUUGAGAUUUACAUGGACAAAAUCAGAGAUCUUCUAGAUGUGACAAAAACCAAUCUCUCUGUGCACGAGGAUAAGAAUAAAGUCACCUUUGUGAAGGGGGCAACGGAGCGGUUUGUGUCAAGCCCUGAAGAAGUGAUGGAGACUAUAGAUGAAGGAAAGUCGAACCGACAUGUGGCAGUCACCAAUAUGAAUGAGCACAGCAGUCGAAGCCACAGCGUGUUUCUGAUCAAUGUGAAGCAAGAGAACACAGCCACACAGAAGAAACUGAGUGGCAAACUUUACCUAGUUGACUUGGCCGGAAGUGAGAAGGUAAGCAAGACCGGAGCAGAGGGUGCAGUGCUGGAUGAAGCCAAGAACAUCAACAAGUCACUGUCAGCCCUCGGAAAUGUCAUCUCUGCACUGGCUGAGGGAAAUAAAAGCCACGUUCCCUAUCGAGACAGCAAGCUGACCCGUAUCCUACAGGAGAGUUUAGGAGGCAACGCUCGCACAACAAUGAUCAUCUGUUGUUCUCCAGCAUCGUAUAACGAUUCUGAGACCAAGUCUACCCUGCUGUUUGGACAGAGAGCCAAGACGAUCAAGAAUGUGGUGUGUGUGAACGAGGAGCUGACUGCCGAGGAAUGGAAACGGAGAUAUGAGAGAGAGAAGGAAAAGAACUCCAAACUGAAGACUGUCAUUGAAAAUCUGCAGGCAGAGUUAGCUGCUUGGAGGAGCGGCCAAUCAGUUCCCGAAAACGAACAAGUUGAUGUUAAGAAAGCAGGCACCGAGGAUUCCAUGACUGCUACGCCCUCUACAUCAAUGAUUGGCAGUAUGACGGGUUCUAUUGUCAUAUCCGAGGCAGACAAAGCUUCCUUCGAGGCUGACAAGAUGAAAUUGUACCAGCUUCUUGAUGAUAAGGAUGAUGAAAUCAAUGAGCAAUGCCAGCUGAUUGAGAAGAUACAACAACAGUUGCUGGAGCAGGAGGAGCUGAUCGCUCAGGAGAGGAGGGAGAAAGAGUCCCUACAAGCCGACUCUGCCACUCUCUCUCAGGAGUAUGACUCUGCCAAGGAUGAAGUCAAGGAAGUCUUACAGGCCCUUGAGGAGCUGGCUAUGAACUAUGACCAGAAAUCCCAGGAAGUGGAAGCAAAGAAUAACGAAUAUGACCAGCUGAAUGAUGAACUCUCUCAGAAAAUUAACCUGUUGAACAGUCUACAGUCAGAGCUGGACACUACCAAGGAUUCCUCCCUCCACCAGCGUAAGAGGAUUACCGAUAUGAUGAUGUCUCUGCUUAGAGACCUCAGUGAUAUCGGCACCAUCGUGGGCGGAAACUCUGCUGAGACAAAGAUGGUAACGGGCAACAGUGACAAGAUUGAGGAGGAAUUCACCGUGGCUCGUCUUUACAUCAGCAAGAUGAAGUCCGAGGUGAAAACGCUCGUCAUGCGGGCACAGGCUCUUGAGUCAACCCAGGCUGAUGUCAAUAGCAAGCUCUCAACUGCCGAAAAAGAACUUGAUGAAUGCCGGCUGGUUAUCCAGCAGCACGAGGCUAAGAUGAAGUCCCUCCAAGAAACCAUCCAAGAUGUGGAUGCUAAGAAGAGACAGCUUGAAGAAAAUAUGGAUAUGCUGAAUGAGAGAGUUGUGGCUGCAGCAGCUGCUGAGCAAGUGCAUGUGUCGGCGAAGGAGGAGCUACAGACGUCCAUGGACAUGAAACAAGCCCUCGAGGCCCAGAUGGAGGUGCACAGGGAACAGCACUCCAAGCAGUUAUCCUCACUGAGGGACGAAAUAGCUACCAAGCAGGGCCUUGUGGACCAACUGAAAGACACAAACCAGAAGUUGACCUUAGCCCUUGAGAAACUGCAGUCAGACUAUGACAAACUCAAGCAGGAAGAAAGCGAUAAAUCAUCCCGUCUUGCUGAGCUGUCCUUACAGCGCGACAGGCGUGAACAGGGCCGACAGGACCUUAUGGGCCUGGAGGAGACUGUGGCCAAGGAGCUGCAGACAUUGCAUAACCUGAAGAAAUUGUUUGUUCAAGACCUGCAGAACAGGGUCAGAAAGACCUCCAAGAAGGGAGAGGAGGAUGAUGAGGAAGAUGUGGGAGGCAGUGCCGCCCAGAAACAGAAGAUCAGCUUCCUGGAAAACAACCUGGAACAACUCACCAAGGUCCACAAACAGUUGGUGCGUGACAAUGCAGAUCUUCGCUGUGAACUGCCCAAGUUGGAGAAACGUCUUCGAGCCACAAUGGACAGAGUUAAGGCCCUUGAAACUGCCUUGAAGGACGCCAAGGAGGGAGCAAUGAGGGACAGAAAGAGGUACCAGCACGAGGUUGACCGGAUCAAGGAGGCUGUUAGACAGAAGAAUCUUGCCCGCCGCGGACACGCCGCACAGAUUGCAAAGCCAAUCCGACCUGGUCAGCACCCCCAGCCAUCUGGAAACACCCCCCAGGGGAUCCGUGGUGGUGGCGUUGUCGUUGCCGCCAGGGCAUGAAGUGGAUAAAAUCAUGUUUCCAACAUCAAGAACUGACUAUCCAGAAUUUGUGUUCAGAGCAAAACUGUGGAAAAAUAGACUUUUUUUUAUUUAUUUAGUCGUUAUUAUCAAAAAUUACUGAAAAAACCCAGCCUGCAUAAAUGUAAUUUCAAAAAGUUUUGAAAAUACAUUUUUUCUUUUGGCCGUGUGUGCAGCUGAUCAAAUCCUAGGAUUAUAGGUUUAUUCUAUAUAAAGCUUUUGAAUUCUUAUAGUUAUUGAAAUUUGAGUCUAGUUAAAAAUUAGCUCAGAAAUAGCGGCGGGCACACACAGCCAUUUAAGAGACUUUCAUCAAAUAGCUGGGUUUUUUCAUAUCAGAUUACUGUUGUGAUUUUUGCAUUCCAUUCAGUGUUUAGCUUUUGCUUAUAAUAGCUAUUGUCAAUAUUGUAAACUGUUAAACAAUCAAGAAAUACAUUAUGAAGACUGUAACAUUUCAAUUUUGAAUGUUGCAACAUUUGAUUUUUCAAAGAAAUUGUCCAGAGAUGUUAUACUGGUAGGAAAUUUGAAUUUAUUAUGCAAUCAUGUAUGUAAUUCCAAUAGUAAAUUUGUUUUAUUCUUAAGAGUGGUAACAUGUCAGUGAAGAAUUUGUCAAUGUUAUAUAGGGUGGUCUAGUGGUAUAGGUGUCCGCCCCUCACCCACGAGGUUGUGGGCUCAAUCCACAUCAGGGGCACUAUAUCACGGCCUCUCAAAAUGGCCAGUACUGGUUUCUACCCAGGAAACAGACUUGAGAGUGAUCCUAUAAGCUCUCAGCUUUCGUCACAAUCAAGCUAAAAGAAAUCAGUAUAAAUAAAAAGAGGAAUUUACAAAAGCAAUAUGCACAUACCGGUACUUUUGUAUGUGUCAAGGGCAGGAAAUGAUGUGUACAAAGGUGUAGGGAUGGGUUGGGUUAGAACAAAUGUAUGGAAUCUUUAAACGAGUCUCUGUUUGAAUUAGAAAUAGUGAGUGUAUGUGCAAUGUGUGAUCGAAAUACAGUUGAAUCUCGCUAUGUCGAAGUCGGUGGGACCCUGGGAAAUACUUUAUGAUAACAUGUAUUCAAUAGAACAGAAAUAAAAAAGUGCAUAACUAAACCAAAAAAUAUUGGAAAAAUCGACAUAACCAGAACAUUGAGAUAACAGAGUUCGAUAUAGCGAGUUUCGACUGUAUGUCCUUGUGCCCUCAGCCCGUGUUUACUCAUUUCUUGGAUCUAAUUUAGACCUUAUAUAAAAUCAAUUUAUAUCAUUGUAAUGAGUUGAAGGUGUGUUAAUAAUUAUUAAAUUUUUUAUUUGUUGUAUGAAUGGCAAUUGAAAACAUUUAUGGUGCCGAGAUAGUACUUUUACAAUAAAAUAAAAUAGAAAACUUGUGAGACCUGUGGCCAUAUUCACUAGCAUCUUCAGACUUCGUUUAAGACUCAGUACUAGUCUCAGAAACGCAAUAAUAAUUUCGAAAUGUAAUGAAAUUUUUUGGAGGAGCACAAAGAUAUGUAAAUCUUGGUAAAACAUGUUAUAUGGAAAUGUUCUGCAAUUUUUACCACAAUUUGUUUAGUAGUAGAAAUUUGCACGCUAGUGAAUAUGGCGCUGGUCUUAACUCAGACCCAGGAAUUGAGUGAACCCGGGCUGUAUACCUAAAUAGUUGAGUUAUGUUUUACAUCAUUAAUCAUAGUAUAAUGGAGACUGAAUGACAGUCAUAAAUUGUGGAUGUUAAUGUUGAAUUAUGGUGAAGUUCACUUUGUUAGAUGAUCUUUCAGACAUUUAUUGCAAAAACGUUACUUUUAUAGUCGUUAAAGCUAUUUGGUGCCUAGCAUAAAAAUCUUGCUCGAUAGAAUAACAAAUUGUGAUGUGAUCAAGUUUGGAAAACAUUAUUUAUGUAGAUAAUGAAAUAUCACAUUAUGUGAUGUAGUUUACUUUGGUUUGAUUUGAUUUAUUUGUAUAGUGUAUUCUCAUUUGUGUUGGUCUCAUUAUGUUUUUAAAUUACAUGUUUAAAAUAUGGAUACUUCAGUUAUCCAAUUAGAGUUCAUAUACGAUGUCAUAUAUGUAAUUGUAUCAAUUAGUUAACCACCUGUUUUUUUUCCAUUUUGACUUUCUAUGUUAAAGCUUCCCUCUCACAGAUUGACCAUUUUAACAAUUUUUUUAAAUUUUUUGUCCUGGAAAGAGUAAUUUUUUGCGUAAAUAUCUGCAAACGAAUGGUACGCGAUUGCUGACAAAACAAAACAGAUCAUAGAAUUUAAUAUUUUUGUUGGAAAAUUAAUGUUUUAUGGCUUAAACCCUUACUCACAGAUUAAGAAAAAUGCAUUAAACAUCAAUUUGAACUUAAAUAUGAGCAUCUGCGAUCUAAUUUUUUGUCAGCAGUCUUAUAUAGCUGGUUUCCAUGGAUUUUCGCAAAAAUUGGCUCGUUCCAUGAUAAAAAAAAAAACAAAGUUGUCUAAACGUUCUAUCUGUGAGAGUGCAGCUUUAAGAAGAAUUAUAAUUAUUUCAGAUAUGGAGAUUUAUCUGAAUAGAAUUUUGUUUUUUCGUAUUAUGUGUAAGAAAUAAAAACAUUUUCUUACAAUAACCCUCAAGCUGUAGGUAUUGUUUAUAUGAGAUUUUAUCAUCCAAACUUAGUUAUUGUGAAAUGAAAUAAAAUCUUUUUUUUAUAUGUUUGUUUUGUGAAGGCAUAGUUCUAAAAUUCUAAGCAUCAGAGUAUGUCACUGUGAAGUGUCAAUGUAUAUGAAAUGGGAUUUUCAUAAAAAAUGAAAAUUUAUAAUUUAAAUAAAAUGGCCAGAAACAUGUUCAAAAUCAGUAGCAUAUAAGUUAUAAUACAUUGUGUGUAUUUGACCUCCCUAUGAAAAGUUUGUGAACUUUUAACUUACCUAUAAAAACAUGGUAAGCUUAGACCAACCUCUGAAAAGCAAGUAAUUCCUCAAUAAUUGUUACAGGGCGGGCUUUAAAAAUUGGCCACUGUCAAUUUCUGGUCUCUGCAUCAAAAACACAUGUUCUGAUCUACAUGUACAUUGACGCUGCAUUUUAUGGAAAGAGUUUUGUGUAGAUGUAUACUUCCACAAUAUCUGUGCAAUAUAUGUUAUUAUGUAUUUAUUAUCUGUGUAUUAUUAUCAUCAUCAGUCUAAACUGUGUAUACUUCAUGGUGAUGUAUUAUUGUUUUUUCAAAUGGAAAUUAAGGAAAUCAUAUAAAUGUGAGGAAUGACAUUGAUCGGUCCAAUGAAAUUAUCCGAGAGUCAAAAACUAGGAAAUGCCUAUAUUUAUAUGUAGUGAACCUAAGUCUGUAAAAAUCUUCCAACAGAUUAAUUCUAUUUGAAGUUGAAAAAUGUAUGCUUUUCAGAGUGUACAUGUAUUCAUUUAUGCUAAGAAAACUACAAAGUUUGUCGGUAUUUUUGCUGGAAUUAGAAUAAUGAGGGAGAUUGAUUAAUGGUUUUUAAAAUAGCAAUGUCUGUCUAUGAUAAUGUGAAUGAACGACUAUAGGAAAUUUAUGAUGAUUAUAGAACAAUGUCACUGAUUGACUUUUAUUGUCAAUUAAUUCUGAGAAAAUAAUUUGUUGUCAUAAUUGACAAUUCAAGUUGUAAAGCUGACAGUGUCCUUCGAUGCAAAACAUAUGGGUUUUGUUUAAGUGAAUUAUAAGAAAAUUAGGGUUAUGAUUUUGCUGCGUAGCUUGAAAAGGGAAGAUAUAGACUGAAACUCACAAGCAUGGUACUCUUUGUUUCAUUACUGGCAAAAAAAUAUGGGUGUAUGCCUUUAACAUUGCUGCCCACUAGUAAACAAGAUCAUUUAAAAAAAAAAGAUAUGGCCUUUUGGGUCCUCAACAGUUAAUUUUGACAUGAAAGGUUGGCUUGUACUUUUGUUUUUCUGUAACGGCCCGAUACUUUAAGAAUAAGGAAGGAUUGUAAUUAGUACAACUUAAUGCAGUUAAUUAUUUUAUGACGAAGUGAAGAAAUUACUAAAACUUCAAUAGAAAAACUCAUAAAUUUUAAAUGAUGUUAAAAAGUUGACAAUUUACUGAAGGAAUAACAUCGUAAAAUGCUAAAAUGAAAAAUAAUAUUAUAUCAAAUUUAUCUUUGCUCAGUGAGUUUUACCUUAUACAAAAGUCUGAAUUAAGGGGCAUUAAAAAGGAAUAAAGUUGAUUUAAUGCCUUUAUUCCGUCAUCAACUCGAGACUUUGAGUCUUCUUGGUGCAUAGGUGUCAUGGUAUUCUAUGCGGCGAUUUGUUUUCUUUCAUGUCAUUUCUUUAAAUAUCAAUGUGCUAGAGCUGUCUAGGUAAAGGUUAGUGAUUAUUUGUUUUAAAUUUAUUAUUUGGUUGAAAUUAUAAAUUUUUCGCAUAACCUGUCACGAUAUUUCUUUACCAGUGAUUAAUAUAAAAUGCUUGCUAAGAUCUCCAAACCUAAGUGCAGAUUUUUGAUUCUUAAACAGAAUGUACAAUGAGACUUAAUUUUCAUUCCAAAUUUGUAUAUGGGCCCGAUUAAACAAUGAUUUAGAUAAUCACCAUUUUCAUCCCAGCCAAGUUAAUUUUUAAAUGUCUGAGUCUUAAGAAUACCAACGAUUUCCAAGUUUAUUCUCUUUGUUACAUAUAAUUUGUCAAGAAUGAAAUCAAUCAAAUGUUCAUGGAAUUGUAUAGUGAUUAAAUUUUGCAUGGUCUUUUUUUCAUGAUUUCGGUUAAUAGAUAUUUUGCUUGGUUAUAAAUUCUCGAUCCUCUCUAUUCAAGUUCAAGUUAUUCCCGCUCGCGAAAUUUAAACACCCUACGGUAUGUCCAAACUGUGAUCUAAAUGUCAGAGGUCGUACGAACUGAAUUUCAGUGUGUGUAUGAAUAAUGUGAAUUGAUUACCAUAUAUUUUUUGCCUAGAAUUACAACACAAUCGUGAUGUUUUGAUUUCUGUUCCACCUUGCUACAUUUUUGUUUAUUGACAUUUCCCAUUUAUUUGAUUGAUUUUUCUGGAGAAUUUGAUAUUUGGAAACAAAAUUGUUAAUUAAUGGGUCGUGAAAAAAGGAAUUUGUGUUGGUGUGAAGCAUAAGUGACUAGGCCUUUUUUUUAGAAAUUAGUAAAUUUAGUAUUAGGAUGAAUUAACAAAAUAUGUAAAAAUGGUUAUUAGUCUCUAUUUAAUAGCCAUUUGUCAUGUAUUUUGUAAAUAAAAUCUUCCAAGAAUUUUUUUUCUCUCUAAACCAAAAAGGGUUAAACAGAUGUUUACACGGAGUCGUUUACUUAAGUUAAAGUUUGAAUAGCAACGAGUCUGUUCUUAAUUUACAGUCUUUUUAUAGCCUUAGUAAGAAUUUAUCGAAAUAGGAAACCACAAACUAUUAAUUCUUAUCAGGGGUUGGAGCAAACUUGUAACAAAAUUUAGAAAUUCCAUCACAUAUGAGAAAUCUUUCCUUAAAAGUGUUGCAGUUGAUUUAAAUGAGGACGCAAUGAUGGUAUGUACAUUUUCGGGGUUAGAACAUGGAAGGAUCGCAGAAUGCGGUCUUCUUCCAUAAAAAUCAAGUUUGAAGCUAUCCUUUGAAUGCCCUUUCUGCUUGAAAUGCAAGUUCAAAAUCUAACAGAACUAUCUUGAAAAAAUAACAGCGAAUAUUUAAACAUUGCAAAUAAAGAUAUAUGUUAAUUUGGGUUUUCUUUGUGAGACGACAAUGCAGAGCAACUGUAUUGUUUUGUUCUCAGGUUUGUAUAGAUUAUGAUUGGUAUAUUUUUUAUGGUGUACCUUUUUUCAUUAAAAAGUACUGUGUUACUGAAAGGGGAUUCUCUUGGGGAUAAGCUAGAAUGAUGGUUUAUUGUGAGGACAGGUGAUGAAGUAUGUUUACUUGAAAGUUUAAGGAAGUUUUCUCUCCACCAUUUUUAUAUGCUUCAAUAUUCUUCGACUGUCUGCUUUAAGGACGGUGAAGUUGCUUAAUGCAUAAAUUACUGUUGAAAUAAGUUGUUAAGGACUUGUCUUGACACUAUGUAUUGAAUAAAGGCAUUGUUUUAAGCUGGCUUAUGCUAGGGUAAUUAGAGAAUAUUAAUUAAUGAAAACCAAGUUUGACAGGAGAUAUCUACAUAAUUGUCUCAUAAAAUAACAAGAAUUGAAUUCAAACAAGAAUUUAGUAGCUUGAAUACAGUGGUACAGCAGUCAGUUUUUUUUUUAAGUUUUAUGGAAAUCCUCAAGCCAAGGGAUAGUUAUACAAGGUCUAACAAUUGAGUUCUUGUUUUAUAUUUUGCACUGGAAAUGUGUUACCUAAGGAAUCCAACCCACAAAUAAACUGAUUCUCUGAUAACUCUAUCAGCCGUGAUGUUAAAUUUUCAUGACUGAGUCAUGACCACAAAUAAUUUUGAUUUCAUUUGAAAGGGUAUUACUCGCUGAUAACUAAUAAAUCUGAUAUAGGACCAAAACUACAUUGUUUGUAAGUUCUUGUACCAUGUACUUUUUUUAUCUUUAUUUCAACUGAAAUCAGAUGUGUAAUGGACUACUGGUGUUUGUAAUUUUUCAAGGUCACACUGAAGCUUGUUGGAUACAUUAUUUAUAGUAUAAAUGUAAAGGCAAAAAUCUACUAGUAUUGUCUGAUGAUUUUGGGACGGCCAUAAUUAUACCAUAUUAAUCUUUACAAUACAUAAUCUCUUUGCUAAGUACUAACAAAUUAUCAAUUCAUAAACUACAAAGUGAUGAAAUCUUUUCUCUUAGCAAAUGCUUUGUUUACGUCAAUAGAAAUUAAAAAUACUAAUUGGAAACCGCUGUACAACUUGUAAGCAGCUUUGAACUUUGAUAUUACACUUAAUACGUUAAUGUUAUUUCUUUGACCUUUUGAAUUGUGGGAUGUUUUUAUUACAUCAGUCAAUAGUUGUGGUCACUCUGAUGAUCAAAACAUACGAACUAUUAGUUGCAAAAUUGAUGAUGUUUAUGUUCUUGUUAUUAUGAUACUUAAUGAUAAAGUCAUUGUUGAAUUUGCUUGAAGUACUUUUGUGAACGUAGUGACGUAUAUAACACAUUGGUAGUGGCGUAUGUAUUUAUCUCGUGCAUUUAUUAUUUCACCAAUAUACUUGAAUAUGUUAAAAGUUUUUGUAACCAAGGCAAUGUUUUUGAGUCCUUUAUUAUCAGAAUAUUGUUACUUCUAUGUAUUUACCUAGCCUUCAACUUAGACCGGAUAUUAACCAAUUGUUUUGUCCGCUUGACAUUAAGCAAAGAAAUACCAUGACACCUAAUAUGACAUAAUUAUUAUGAUGGCCAUUAGAAGUCUUAAUUGGCAAAGGUUAUGUUUCUAUAUAUCAUCUUCAAACGACAUGUAAUGCUUUCUUUGAGAUAAAAUGAUGCCAGAGAUUUGACAGUUAUAAAGAUUGCUUGCAAUGCAGUGGUAACUCUUUCAAUACAUUCAUGUAGUUAUUUCAGUUUUGUUUGCAACUUAUAAAUGGUCGCCUAGUGAACAUCAUGCUGCUCUUUGACUUUAAUUUCCUUCUUGACAGACACUUACAGCAACAAGAAUACUUUUAAUUGCCCAUGAUGUCCAUCUUUUCCUUUGUUUACCAACUUAUUUGUCUGCAUUCUGCAAGUAAUUUUUCCUUAUUAUCAAAAUAGCUUUUAAUUUGUUUUGAAGUCAUGAUGUAUGGUGAAAAUAUAAAUUGACAAAAGCCUUUUAAAGAAACUGCAAGAAAAUCGUUUAUUUUAAUUGACAAUUUGGUAUUUCUAAAAAUGCCUUAACAAUUUAAAGCUACCAUGGAGCACACUUUUUUUUAAUAUCCCUCUUACAGCUGUAAAUUCUGGGUCUUCAAGGUACUGCAGCUUGGUCACAGUUUUCCUUUGUUGAGUUCUUCUGAACUAUUUUUUCCCUUAUUAAUUGAUAUGGUCAUGUUGGGAUAAACAGGGUGAAAUAGGGUUUUCUAAGACUAUUGAUAAGUUGGAUGAUUUUAUGAUUGAUUGUUGCAUAGACCUUCAUACGACUGUGUUAGACUGUUAGUACUUCAUUAUGCAUAAGCCAUAUGAAAUAUACUUGGCAUUAAUGAGCUUACUUAACCUAAUUAACUGCUAAAAAUGGAAAUUGAUCAAUUAUUUUGUCAUUUGAAAUUCUUCAACGCUAUGUGACUUAUAUGGAUAUGUUUUUGGGACUCAGGUCACUCCUUCACGGUAAGCAUUACAGGUUAGUAAAUGUGUAAGGCGUAAACAUUGAUGCAUCAGAAUAAAGUAUGUCAGCACAUCAUGCUAAGCCUAGCUUUACGAGAAAAGGUUUCAAGGUUUUAUUGGCUAAGAUGACAAACAAAUCAGAAAUUAAAUGUCUCAAAAAGCAAACAUUUGUGUGUUCUUUCCGUCAUUUAAUUAAAACUGAUCUUAAUUAUUUUGGUGUAGUUACAGGUGCCCUUCUGACAGCCUCAUACUUUAUGAAAUACUGUUGCUGUAAAAUAGUGCUUAAAUUUAUUAUGUGACAUAGUAAAGUUUAUACAAGAAAUAAAUAGUCAUGUUUUGGGCAUUUAUUACUUGCCAUGUGUUUAUAAUACCUCAUACUAUACACAAAUGUAAAGUGUCCAAGUUGUUUAUGUUUAAAAUCAAGCAGUUCUAAAGCAACUAGAAAUAAAACUUGAUUAUGCUAGCUUUUUAGGUGCCAGCAUUGAUGGUGCCUGUUCUGAACUUGUGUGCUUAUUUAAAGAAAGUGCUGUUUUUACCUGAUUAGAAAAUAAGUCUUUGGCAUACAGUAACUGUAAUGAAUUACCAUGUAUCAUAAUUCAUAUGCUUUGCAUGUUCUUCAACAUUUCGUAUUUAAGCCCUGUUACAUACUGUGUUUGAAUAUUUUAAUGAUACUAAUGUAUAUGACAAACUGGUAUAUAUGUGUAUCAAUAAUUUAUUAGUUACUUCUACUAAUGAAAUGUGAACAUGAUUGUUGUGGUCUGUAAUUUUGUAAAUUGUACAUACUUCUAAUACUGAUGUGUGAUUCUAUGCUUAGAAUUUCAGUUGCGAAUUUGCCUCAGCUUUGUGAAGAUUUUUUUUUCGACACUGGAAAUAAACUGCUACUCAUGUC